CAGACCAACCAGACCAACCAGAUCAACCAGAUCAACCAGAUCAAGUCAACAAUGUCAUCACGGCCCAGACGCAUCGAAUGGAUCGUCGCUGAGCGAAUAUAAUACCAAGCCCGUCCGCCUCCACGGAACAUAUCAAAUCCGCCAGCCAACCAAAGCUGUGCCUGCCAGCGAUGCCAAUACAAAACCGCGCAUAUCAAAUCCGCAUCGGCAUGUCUGUGCAAUCAGAGUUGUGCACCGCCGUCGUAUCGCUCGGCCCCGCUGUCCCGAAAUUGCCCUUCCAACGGCCAUCGUUUCUUGGCCUCGCUUUGCGCUCUCCGUCCUGCGCUUUGCGCUCUCCGUCCUGCGCUUUGCGCUCUGCGUCCUGUCGUCCUUCCUCGCCCUUCGCCAAAGGCCAGUCGGCGCUCGCAUCGACCCGCAUUCAUGGCCGACACUGUCCAAUCCGACCGGGUCGCCACCCUGGCGCUGCAAUUCGAGCAUCCUCCUCUUCUGCUCCGUCCGCUCGACCGGGCCCUCUCCCCAAAGAGCCCGCCGCCACCAAAGCCCAAGCGAGGCCGCCCGGCUCCCCUCAGUAUCCCGCCCCCAAAGCCAUUUCACUCCAAGCACCAGGGCAGAUCUGCUGCGAACGCCACCGAAGCCGGCGCAGACGGAUUGCUCUCGCCUGCAUCGCUCUCGAGCCAGUCGUCGCCCCAGGAUGGGCUGCAGCCGCAGCCGCAGCCGCUCUUUGCUCCAGUGUCGCUCUGGGCCAACGACUCUUGCUUCCGCAGUCCCAGCCCGCAUUCGGCUCCGCUGUCGCCUGUCGAUCUCCCUGAUCGUCCUCCGGCGCUUCCUCCUCGGCCCUUGAUCCGAAUCGAGCAUGCCCCGGCGCACUCCGUCUCAGUCUCCGGCCGGGAAUCGCCUCUGCUGCCACCAAGGCCGGCGAUCCCGCCUAAACCCAAGCUCAAGUCCAAGCACCCGCCCUCAUCGGAAUCGCGUGGUUCCGUCUCAGGCGACCUUCGCAAGGUCAACAGCUCGCCGGCACUGUCUCCCAUCGAUGUCGAUGAGCCCCUCGGUCAGCGCCAGGCUUGGGCCAAGGCGUACAAGAGCCCUCCCACCUCGCCAGGUAUCGAAAGCAGUCCCGGCCUGCCCUCCGAGGGUCGCGAUGUCGCCCACUCGGCCGUGGGGUCGCCGACCAUUCCUCCACGGCCAAAGUAUCUUCCUCCUGUCCUGGCCAACGACGAGCGCCAACCCGCACUUCCCGUCCUGCCGUGCUUUGUCGCUCUCAACUGCAAGAACCUUGUUCCAACCGCACCCUCGAUCGUCGUCGGCGGCCAUGCGGUCGAGGUGUCAUUUGAUCUGCGGCGUCGCGACCAUGCUCGAUACGAUGCCUUCGCGAGCGUCCGAUGUGGCCCAAGAGGACAUGUCGUCGAGUGCGAUGUGCUUGUCGAGCGAUGCGAGCUACAUUCGCACUUUCGGAUCCUUGCCAUGUGUCCCGAAGAUACCCAGGGUAUCCUGAGCAUAUCCCUGAUGGUGGCGUCGGAUAUGGCGCCAGAGUCCUCAACCAAUUACGGCCAAGAAGCCAUCCUCACGGUCGCCCAGUAUACCAUCAUCCAUAGCCGAUCGGCCAAGCUGCCACGCUCUCGCCCAGGCUCCCCUGAUCCAACGGGACUCGAGUCGUCUUCUGAGCAGUCCAGAGCCCACAAGAACAUGCGCAGAGACCUUGAAUCAACUGUGAUGCAGAUCAGCCGGGACCUGCGAGCAUUGUUCCGAUAGGAGCACCUCGCCUCCUCCUCCACCGGCUUCUCUCUCUCGCUACCAUUCUCCUUCAUCUUCCCCCUUCCCCUUCUCCUUAUCACCAUUGCAU